UUUGUUCUCUUUGAGACACUAUUUCGAUAUCACUUGUGUUAAAGAUAUUUAUCGUCGUGUUAUUUCAGGUUUUUUAUCCUUUGCUAGGGUUCCUGAAAGGUUUAACCAUUGGCUCUCUCUAGCAAGAAGUCAUUUGAUAAUUUGGUAAAUGUUAUUUGAUGAAAUCGGUGCUGCAAGAAAUCUCAGCUGUAUUUCGACUGGCGUGAUCUGCUUCAUUGGCCUUUCGACAGGGGAUCAAGAUUAACUUCUUGUUCUUCACACACUAAGAAGAUCUUGCUCGGAACAACAAGAACAGAAUUGAGCACUCAAGAUAUUCACCUCAAGAACUGCUUUUGUCCUCAUCGUGUUUUCAAUUGCAUUCAUUCUCCCGACAGUUGAGACGCAAACUCAUAGCUUGGUACUUGGCUCGUCUACAAUCUAACCACCUGGUCGAUCUGCUUAACUUUAAACUCAUAUAUUGGCGUAUCGUGUGAAGUGUUUGGCCUGCAUUUGAGCUGAUACCUUCUUCAGACUAUACUACAUUUGCUGCAUGACCCUUAAAAAUGGCCGAUCAAGACACAAGAAACUUACAAAAUGUACCCGGCCCGGCAACAGAAGCAGGAAAUGAUCAAAGGAACCGUGGAACGCAAAUCCGAAAGGAAAUUAAGAUCGCCCCAAGUAGACCACCAAAGACAUUGAGUGGGGCUGCAAAGAGGAUUCAAAGAGAACUGGCCGAAAUAACGCUUGAACCGCCACCUAACUGCAGUGCUGGCCCAAAGGGUGACAAUCUUUAUGAGUGGCACUCAACAAUUCUUGGUCCUCAAGGAUCUGUUUAUGAAGGAGGAGUAUUUUUCUUAGAUAUUCAGUUUUCAUCUGAUUAUCCUUUUAAACCACCAAAGGUUACCUUUCGAACUCGCAUUUAUCACUGCAAUAUAAACAGCCAGGGAGUGAUUUGCCUGGAUAUUUUGAAAGAUAACUGGAGCCCAGCUCUGACUAUUUCCAAGGUUCUUCUCUCCGUCUGUUCACUUCUGACAGACUGCAAUCCAGUUGACCCACUUGUCGGAAGCAUUGCAACGCAAUAUGUCAAUGACAGAGAGGAACAUGACAGGAUUGCCAAGGAAUGGACCAGGAGAUUUGCAACAUGAUAAAAUAUAAAAUUAUAUUUAUUAAUACCAUUUUAAUGCCAUGUUUCAGAUUUAUAAAGAAAGCAGAUGUGGCUAAAUAGAUUAUUUUAUUUGACAUUCUUACCUUAUCUUUGUAAAUGUUCCCAAGUUUGUAAUUGCUCAAUUUAAUUUAUCCUUUAAAGAUAAUAUUAUUUAUACCAUUUGUAAUGAUUUUGUGUAUUGCUUACUUGUAAGACCUUAUUUUCGUGGAAAGAGUAUGUUGUUAUGCAUCUCUCUAAAUUUAUGAUUAAGUUCAUUCUACUUUUUUGGGUCAGAAUGGUAGUAAUAUUUUGCAACCAGACCAGUUAUAACCAUCAGAUUAUUAUUUGUGAAUAACUUAAUCUUUUUCUUUCGAUUACUUCAAUCUUAUAGUUUUAUGACAGCUAGAAUGGCAAGGUAAUUGCAGAGAAGUAAAAAAAUGAUUUGUUACAAGCACAAAUUUACAUUAACCUUUUGGCUUUCUUUUAUAUUCUUUUUUUCAGUGCUGAAUCACCUCUUUUUUUUCAUAUUACAGUGAAAUCAUAAGUUUUUACCUUCUAUAUAACAUUUAAACAGUGUUAAUAAUUGUUGAAAAUUCAGUUUUUCUUCAAUGGGUUUUUGUGCUGAUUUAGCAAAGCUAAGGGCAAUAUUGAGAUUCAAGCUUAUAGUUUUGGGGAUGGGGUGGUAAGGGAGAUCUCAAUCCUAAGGGAGGCCCCCCCUCCUGUCCCCCUCAUGUUAAAGCAUUCUGGUAUAUUAAAUGGCCAAGUUAGAUUUUCAGUUUAUAUAUGAGCAAAAUAAUAAGAUUGUAAAAAUUGCUUUAUUGUACAGAAGUAUUAAU